AGUCUAUUUGUUUAUUAAACAAAAACUUGGUGUUAAAGAUAUUAAAAAUCGAGCGUGCCGAUCUGACUAGACAAAAGAAAGACGGAAAAUCUCGAACAAUAGUUCUCAAUCUUCAACUAUAUAAAGAUAAAGUGAAAAUAUUAAAAGUACUAACUCGAUUAAAAGGAACAAACAUUUUCGUUUACGAAGACUCUUCACUCGAAACCAUUGCUAUCAGAAAAAAAUCGUUUACUGACAUAAAACGAAGACGCUUAAACGGAGAGAAUGUUGCGGUUCGAACGAUUCUAACAAUGAUUGGAGUAGGUGUUUUGCUUUGGCUCAUACUUGCUACAACCCAUGCACAGCAAAAGUGUUCCAGAAAAAACUCUGUCUGGACUUGGGUUUGUCAAAAAAAUACGUGUGUGAAGGUGGAUUCUGAACCAUUUGAAAGUACAGUUGAACUUGAUACCUGUAAGUUGACAUGCGGGUCUAGUUCUAUGCUCUUUCCGAAACCAUCUGGCAAAGCAACAUUUGGAAAUGAAACGGUUUCAUUCUUUCCUACUAAAAUUCUUCUUAACAAAAUGUUAUGCGCAUCAAAAGUAUGUGAUCCAAAAAACACUUUUUAUAUUAAUGCAGCCUUUAACAGAUUUCAAAAUCAAAUUCAGGAGACUUAUACUCGGUUGAGCAAAGUUCCAACCAUUGCUAACGAUAUCAACGCUUGCAUUGACGAAACAAAGAAUCGACAAUUUUUAGUUACCAUAAAUUUAAAAUCGAAAUACGAACGUUUAACAUUGGAAACAGAUGAAAGUUAUUCCCUUGCUAUCACAUCUUCAAGUAAACAGAUUGACGCAGUGAUUACUGCAAAAACAUUUUUUGGUGCACGUCAUGGCCUUGAAACAAUUAGUCAACUUACUGCUUAUCUUCGAUCCCAUAAUUCAAUGCAAGUUGUAAACAAUGUAAACAUUGUUGACGACAAGCCUGCAUAUAAAUAUAGAGGACUUAUGCUAGACACUAGCAGAAACUACUUUUCUGUUGACAGUAUAUUGCGUUUAAUUACAGCUAUGUCUUAUAACAAAAUGAACACCCUUCAUUGGCAUAUUACUGAUACGCACAGUUUUCCGAUUGAAAUUAAGUCUGUGCCACAACUUCUUCAGUAUGGUUCAUAUAGCCCAUCGCGUAUUUAUACUCAUUUGGAUGUACGUAAAAUAGUAGAUCAUGCAGCAGUUCAUGGAGUCCGAGUUUUACCAGAGUUUGAUCAACCGGCUCAUUGCGGUGAAGGAUGGGAAUGGGGUCCUAAAGCUGGUCUUGGCAAUUUAGCAGUGUGCGUUGACAAAGAACCCUGGCAAAAGUACUGCGUUGAACCACCUUGUGGACAGUUGAACCCUACAAACGAUCAGUUGUAUAAUGUACUUGGAAAAAUUUAUAAAGAAUAUUUCGACUUGUUUAACCCAGAUAUUUUCCAUGCUGGUGGAGAUGAGAUUAAUAUAAAUUGUUGGAAUACAACGUCAGAAAUAACUGAUUGGUUACACAAGAAUUACAAAGGAGUUGGGGAAAAUGAGUUUAUGAAAAUGUGGGGAAUGUUUCUACAGAAAUCAUCUCAAAAGAUUUUUGAAGCCAAUGAAAAUAAAGAGCUUCCAUUAAUUCUGUGGACAAGUAAAAUGACGUCAAUAAAGUAUUUAAAUAAAUAUAUGGAUCCAAAAAAACACAUCGUUCAAAUUUGGACAGCAUCGACUGAUAAUGAGCUUCAAUCAAUUGUUGAAAGCGGAUUUAAAACAAUAUUUUCUACUUAUGAUACAUUAUACCUGGAUUGCGGUUACGGAAACUGGUUAGUUGAGGGUAACAACUGGUGUUCACCAUACAAAGAUUGGAAACUUUUAUACGGUAACGAUCCUGUUAGGAUACUUAAAUCAUUUAACGUCACAGUGACUCAUAAAAUAAAAGACAGUAUAUUGGGUCAAGAGUCUGCUAUGUGGUCUGAACAGGUUGAUGAAUAUACGUCCGAGGGAAAAAUAUGGCCAAGAACAGCUGCACUUGCUGAACGACUUUGGACGAACCCAUCACACGAUUGGCGUGAUGCUGAAUACCGAUUAAUUUUUCACCGAGAAAGAUUAGUUGAAAGAGGAAUCCAAGCAGAUGCUUUGCAACCUUUAUGGUGUUUACAAAAUGCUGGUCAUUGCUAUUAUGACUCAAAUAUUCAGGGAGAACACUAAAAAGUAAAACCACUGCAACCCAUCAUCCCAUCAACCCAUCAUCCCAUCAUCACUGUGGCUGUAUUUCCAUUCUUUAUCUUUAAGUUAAAAAAAGUUUAUUAACUUUUAUAAAUAAUUUUUUUUUUUGUAUUCUUCGUUUGAUAAACAAUAAAAAAUUUUAUGUGUUAUCAUUUACAACUGUUAUGUAAACAUUUAUAACACUCAGGAAAAAAUGUUUAACAGCUAUGCAAAAAUUACAAAAUUGAAUAUAAUA